AAGAAGCCCGUCGGGUCUCUUUCAUCCCUGAAAAAUCUCAUUGGCUUAAGAAUUGAAUGAAUAUUAUCUCUGGCUAGAGCGUGUUCGAUUUAGCUCAGUGUAUGUAGUAAGCGAAACGACCAGCACACUGCUGACAUGACAAUCUACGAAAACAUUCGGAAUUGAGGGGUUUGCACAUAGACAUUUCAUUCCUCCACAUGCAGCAUUCCAAUUCUAACAGCAAUGGAGAUGCGGAGCACAUUUUUGCUACCUAAGGUACCAAUGUUCGCUACUGGCAAUGCAACCUAAUCCCCAGAAAAUUUGGCACUUGAAGAAAGUAGGUAACUCUUCAAAUAUUGAUUAGACUAACCAAAAAGAAAGUUGAGACUACGUAUGCAUUAUUAGAUUUGAAAACAAAUAACGACUAGCUCAUACGUUAUUACAGGAACGGUAUUAUCAUAAAGAAAAUGUCAUGUAUUGAUAGAAUCCAUCAAUUUGGAGAGGAGGAGCGGUAUAGUUAAUUUCACUGACUCUUAUAUACAUGUUGCAUUUAUUUUAAUAGACCCAGAUGGUAUAAAAUAACUUAAGACGUAGCAUUUGGACUUGGCGCUACCAAGUCUAAAAUAUUUCGUACAGCACACUUGAUAUUCCAGCUAAUCAUGCUUAUGAAAGAAAGAGUAAAAUUCUUCUAAUUAUUCCCGGGAAACUUCAACAUAAUAACUGGAUAUUAUUAAGUAUCGCAAUGAAAUGUGUACCGUUUCAACAAAGUAAGUUAUUGUUACUUAAGGUGAGUUGUUACGCUUCCUCGUUUUAAAUGUAGCCAUAAUCUACAGGUAAACUUAAUUAUCUCCCUUUACCUUGUUUCACUUUCUCCACUUCCUCUCUUUUAUGAUUAAAUAAACAAACAACAAACAUCAAAAACACCGCCAUCACCCAUUCAAGAAAAAAAAAGAUGCCUCGGUUAAAAGCCUUUCUCAUAUCCCGGACAGGUUUUAUCCUAUUUCAGUCUCUGUUCAUCAUUUCUGAAAUCUUUAUAUUCUACCCUUGUAUGCUGGGGUCGUCAAAUAAUGUUCGCAAAGAAGGAUAUAUGCAUGAACCCGUCCUUCGUAACAUCGAAAACAAUGUGGUGGUUCAAAUGAAGCAACCAAAACAGAACAACGAAAAUUACCCUGGUGAAACAGUACACAUUUCACUUCAGUCUUCUGAAAUUGGACGAGCUGGAAACGCUGAUACAAUAGAUACUAAAUCUAAAUUAUUAGACCGUAUGCAGCAAAAGAAACACUCGCCAUAUGAUUUAGAAAACAGGGUACAAAAACAUGGUUUUCAGGUGAGUGGAAAGGUUAACUCUCGCCCUGGUAAAAUUUAUAAAGCUGAUUGGGACUCUUUAGAUUCUCGUCCUCUUCCCAGAUGGUACGAUGAAGCGAAAAUUGGAAUAUUCAUUCACUGGGGAGUCUAUUCUGUGCCUAGUUUCGUCGAGGUCGGCCAGGGUGGACUUGCCGAAUGGUUCUGGUACUACCUUGCUGAAAAUGGUCACGAUUCGACUCACAACAUUGCUAACUUCAGAAGUGUCCGAAGGUAUAUGGCUAAUAAUUAUGCACAUGAUUUCCGAUACACCGAUUUUGCACCAAUGUUUAAGGCUGAGUUUUUCAAUCCUGCUGAAUGGGCGAAGCUUUUCGAAGAAUCCGGAGCUAAGUAUGUUGUUUUGACAUCAAAGCACCAUGAAGGCUAUACUCUAUGGGGUUCGGAACAUUCAUGGAAUUGGAAUUCAGAAGAUGUUGGUCCACAUCGAGAUCUCUUAGGUGAACUGGCAGCUGCUGUACGAGAAAAGGGGAUAAAGUUUGGUGUUUACCAUUCCUUGUAUGAAUGGUUCAAUCCUCAUUAUUUAGAAGAUAAAAGACAUAAGUUUAAAACUCAGAAUUAUGUAAAGGAAAAAUUAAUGCCGGAAUUAACAGAACUUGUGAAAAAAUAUAAACCAGAAAUACUUUGGGGUGAUGGUGAUUGGGAGGCAACCAGUGAAUACUUCAAUACAACUAAAUUCAUGGCCUGGCUCUAUAAUGAAAGCCCAGUAAAGAACACAGUUGUGAUCAAUGAUAGAUGGGGAAAAGAUGCUCGAUGUCGACAUGGAGGUUUCAUGACAUGUGACGAUCGCUAUAAUCCUGGUACCAUCCAGCCCCGCAAAUGGGAAAAUUGUAUGACAAUUGAUAAGGAGUCCUGGGGUUAUCGGCGAAAUGCUCAGGAACAAGACUAUUUUACAAUGGAAGAAUUAACAGAAACUUUAGCCAAAACUGUUAGUUGUGGAGGAAAUCUACUGAUGAACAUUGGACCCACAAGUGAUGGCCGCAUCAUUCCUCUCUACCAAGAAAGAUUAAAACAAUUUGGAGACUGGCUUAAAAUCAAUGGUGAAGCUAUUUAUGGUAGCAAACCAUGGAUUGCUCAACAAGAUAUUCUAAACCCUCAAGUUUGGUAUACAUCGAAAUCAAAUGGAAAUGGUAAUCCUAUAGUUUAUGCAAUUGUUCUUGAACUACCCUAUUCUGGCUCUCUUGAGCUUGGAGUUCCAAAACCGUCUCAAGACACAUUAGUUACUUGGCUUGGAUAUCAAGAAGGAGAUAUUAAGUGGACAGUAUCCGGAAAUAAUAUAAUCAUUGAAAUACCAAAAGUCUAUCCUCACCAGUUACCCUGCCAAUGGGCUUGGGUUUUUAAAAUACAGAAUUUGAAAUAAACUGGGUUUAUUCUUUUCUCACAAAUUUAUUGGUUAAAAAUUACAUAAAAUCAAUGAAAAGUGAGGUAAAACUAUGCACAGGGGACCCUUGAAAAAGUAUUUUGUUCAUUAUUGAUAUGAAGUUUGGGUCAUAGUUUUUUUUUUUUUUUUUGUAUUUAAGAAAAGAAACCUAAGAGUUAUAUUACUGUUUUAUUUAGGUUUAUUAAUUUAUGAUUCUUAUAUUUUUAUUUCAUAAUAUGAAAUGAAAAGUUAACCCAAUUUUCUUUUAUUGGAAUUAAUUUAAAAUUUUUCUUUUAUUACAAAUUAAUUGCAUUUCAAUUCCUUUUAUACUGUCCUUUUUUUAUUAUUAUAUUUUUAAAAUACGUUCAUUUCUGGUCAUUCAUUUGAAUCUCUUUCGCGGGAGAAAGCCAUUUUUAUGUCAAUAUGUGGGGGUUUUUUUUCUAUAAAUUAGGUACAUAUAUAAACUGAAACAUGCUUGUAUCUAUAAUACCUACCUACAUACCUACCUAUAUACACACACAGACACACACACAUGUUCACUUCUCAACCAUGUGGCUUUGGAUUCGGUCCCACUAUGCGACACCUUGAGGAAGUGUCUUCUACUAUAGCCCAAGGGGAACCAAUACCUUAUGAGGGAAUUUGAUAGACAGAAACUACAAGAAGUUUGUUUUAUUUGUGAGUGUAUGAAUGGUGACAAACAGAGAUAUCGUCAUUUGUGGUUGCACUGUAACUCAUGGAGUUUGUUGAUGUUUCUUUCAACAAAAAUAUUGGUUAUCUCUGCCUUCAAAUUCCUCUGGAAUCAAAAUCUCUUACUUGAAAAUCAGGUAACAGUUGUUUACAAGAAGUGCACCAAACAUAAAAAUCAUAUCUCAGUAUUUCUAUUUAAGUGAUGCUAGUCUGGAAAAGUGUUAAAUGAAAUGAAUGAACAGUGUAUGUGUGUGUGUAUGUAAAAAUACACUUGCACACAUGUAUAUAUUUACACGCAAAUGUAUCCCUUACUUAUCCUAGGAAUAAGCUGAAGAUUAUUUAGUUAAUAUUUUAAAUUUGUUUAUUUAAUUAUUUAUUGUGUGUAGUCAUCAACUUUUAUUAACUUCUCCCAGAGGAAAGGGAGAGUGUUACUCAUGACAACGCUCAGAAUUUCUACACAGGAGUGGUCAGUACAUAAAAUGAGCAUUCCUGCUUUUUUCUAUAUGCAAAAGGAUCUACAAAAAAAUAUGUCAUUCUUAAACCCCAUAUCUACUGUGUACUAAUGCAGGAAAUCACUGUUGUCACUAAUUUGCAUUAUUAACCUAGCAAGGGUGAUUUAUUGGUAUUGUUAGAGUAUCAGACAAAAUGCUUUGUAGUAUUUAGUUUUAACCCUUUACAUUUUGUGUUCAAACCCUGAUGUGGUCUUUCAUUCUUUUGAGAUUAUUAAAAUACAGUUCCAGUCAAGGGUUGAUGUAAAUGACAGUUCACUUCCUGCCAAAAUUGCUGGUCUUGUGCCUCAAUUAGAAAUCAAUAUUAACUCUAAUAUCUUAUAAAAGACAACAGAAAUAAUGGUAUUCACAUCUGGAUUCAUUCUGUCCUUUCAAAAUCUCUGUACUUUGCUGCAAAAUUACAUUACUUCUUUUUUCCAAGUCAUGCAGAGAAGUAAGACCAAUUGUCAUCUAUUAUUGCAAAAGUAACAGUUCAGAGAUAAACAAAUUCAAUUAAUAAUCUCAUCUUCAUAGCUGACAGCAGUCUUUUUCAGGCUGAUAUCUGUUCUUGUAAUAUUUAUUGAACACUAUAUACUGGCAUUGAGAAAUAUUGAUGGAACAACCUUUUUGGAUAGUCAACCUGAUUUUUUCUGUUUUUAUAAAAAUGCUAUAUUGAUCAAACAAAUCUUAAUAUUUUUCAUGAAAAUUGUUCACAUAGUGAUGCAUAAUUAAUUAUCUUGAUGCAAAAUUUUAACUUUUAUUUAUAGAAACAUAAUUAAGUCUAAAAUAUGUUUAUUGUUGCUGUAGGGUUGUCAUGCUUUAUAGCUAAACCCUCACAUUGACUGGAUAGCAUGUUUUAACAAAUUCAGUGAAGCUUACAUAUAUUCUAGGUAUUUUACUCAGAAUUUUCCAGGCAAAGUGCUCUAUACUCUGUACCACAAUUGACCUAGCAAACAGGAUUAGGUACCAGAUCACUGAGAAUGUUAACUGUGAUUGACUGGUUGCCUGUACAAAAGUAAUUGUCUCUCACCUUAGUUGCACUCCGUGAAACCUAUGGUAAGCACUGGCUCUGGUGGAACCCUCAGGUCUUUGAAGACAUGUAACUCACAUGUCUCCAUCUCUACUGAGUCAUGUAUCAUAAUGGGUAUUAUAAGUAAAAUGAGUGCUGACAUAUUUCAUGUUAUAAGCCAAAAAAUUUUAAUUAAUUGUAAUUACAUCCUUUAGUAAAGAGAACAAUCAUUUUCUAAAUGAUGAACUCUAGUCAAAAGGACAAGGGAGAUAACCCACAAAAUUUUGACUAAAUAUAGAUGCAGUGGGGAGUGAGUUUGAUCUUUAGCAGUACAGUGGUAACUCCGGACAUAUUUUGGUCUUAUUGGACCUUCUCAGUGAAGCAUAAGUCUAACUGUUACUGCAGAUCUUAUCAUUCUUAGAUGACUAGAAGUAUGUAGGAUUUUGUAGAUGAAUACUGUGUUGUAUAAUAAAUUAAAUAUUAUUCAUGGAAUAUAUAAUACAAGCUAUCGUAUAAAAACUAAUUAGUGAGAUGCAUGUCUGAAUUUUUAAAAAUUUAGGUUAUUGGCUUAUUGCUCAUAGUUCUAAUAUCUAUCAUAAGCAUUGUAUUUCCUUCUAAAUCAAAACCUACUGUUUUAGUUAAAUUACUGAAAAAGAAAAUAAAGCACUUUGUAUUGUGUAAUUGGAGUUUGAAAGAGUUUUUAAAUUAUUUGAAAUAUUGGCAGUAGUUAAACUAUGUCAAGGUGAGAAAAUAAAUGUAAAAACAUUAAAUGAAGUCUUUUUUAGUAAUGAAUUAAUAAUAAUCAUUCUCUAAAAAUUAUUGAAUAUUGUGUACUUUUCUAUAGAAAACUCUCACCGAAGAAAAUAUAUUCAAAGCAAGUCUUAGUACUAUCUAUCUUUUCUUUUAUAGUGUCAUACUCUAUGUAAAUUAGAAUUAUUUGCUACUGGAAUAUGACAUGAAAACAUACUUUGAUUUAUUUUUUUGCCUAUAUUUUUCUAUACUUCUUUACAGUAUAGCAAAUAUUUUAAUUGUGGAGUUGAAAUGGACAUGUCAAUAAGGCAGUGUUCUUGUUUGCUCAUGGGUUGUGAGUUGAUGUUUAACUAGUUGGUAUGCUCUGUUUUCAGACAAAUCUACAUAGAGUAGAUGAGAUCUGUAGCAAAUCACUUAAUU